AGCAGCUUUUAAAAGUGCGCUGCAACAACAUCAGUGCAGCAGGAGCUUGGUGGGACUGUCACCCCACGGAGGUGACCAGGGCAGCCAGACGGACACAAAAGUUGGAUUUUGUGGAAGUACUCGUGACCCAACCGCGUUGUGAAGAUGGGGUCCACUGAGCAGUAUGAGACGGGGGAGGAGAAGAAGAAAAAGAAAAAGAAUAAGGAGAAGGAUAUGGAUGAGCUGAAAAGGGAAGUUGAUAUGGACGACCACAAGCUGACCCUGGAUGAACUCAGUAACAAGUAUGGCACUGACCUAAUCAAGGGCCUGACCGGUGCCCGUGCUGCGGAGAUCCUGGCCCGUGACGGCCCCAACGCGCUGACCCCCCCGCCCACCAUCCCGGAGUGGGUGAAGUUCUGUAAGCAGAUGUUCGGGGGCUUCUCCAUGCUGCUCUGGACUGGAGCCAUGCUCUGCUUCGUGGCGUACGGAGUGCAGGCCGCCAUGGAGGACGAACCGGCCAAUGACAAUCUGUACCUGGGUGUGGUGUUGUCCGUGGUGGUGGUCAUCACCGGCUGCUUCUCCUACUACCAGGAGGCCAAGAGCUCCAAGAUCAUGGACUCCUUCAAGAACCUCGUCCCUCAGCAAGCCCUGGUGAUGCGUGACGGUGAGAAGCAGCAGAUCAACGCUGAGACGGUGGUGGUGGGAGACCUAGUGGAGGUGAAGGGAGGAGACCGCAUCCCCGCCGACAUACGCAUCAUCGCAGCUACGGGAGCAAAGGUGGACAACUCCUCGCUGACGGGAGAGUCGGAGCCCCAGACCAGGUCCCCGGACUUCUCCAACGACAACCCCCUGGAGACCAGGAACAUCGCCUUCUUCUCCACCAACUGUGUUGAAGGUACCGCCCGUGGUAUCGUGAUCAGCACGGGCGACCGUACGGUGAUGGGUCGCAUCGCCACGCUGACCUCUGGUCUAGAGGUCGGCCGCACGCCCAUCUCCAUCGAGAUCGAGCACUUCAUCCACAUCAUCACGGGCGUGGCCGUCUUCCUGGGAGUCUCCUUCUUUGUCCUCUCCCUCGUGCUCGGCUACUCGCUCCUGGAGGCCGUCGUCUUCCUUAUCGGCAUCAUCGUCGCCAACGUGCCCGAGGGACUGCUCGCCACCGUGACCGUGUGCCUGACCCUGACUGCUAAGCGCAUGGCCAAGAAGAACUGUCUGGUGAAGAACCUGGAGGCCGUGGAGACACUGGGUUCCACCUCCACCAUCUGCUCCGACAAGACCGGCACGCUGACCCAGAAUCGCAUGACGGUGGCCCACAUGUGGUUCGACAACCAGAUCCACGAGGCGGACACCACGGAGAACCAGAGCGGUGCCACCUUCGACCGCAGCUCCGCCACCUGGAAUGCCCUCGCCCGCGUCGCCGGCCUCUGCAACCGCGCCGUCUUCCUCGCCGAGCAGACCAACGUGCCCAUCCUCAAGAGGGACGUGGCAGGUGAUGCGUCCGAGUCCGCGCUGCUGAAGUGCAUUGAGCUGUGCUGCGGCUCCGUCAAGGAGAUGAGGGAGAAGCACCCCAAGGUCGCAGAGAUCCCCUUCAACUCCACCAACAAAUAUCAGCUGUCCAUCCACAAGAACCCCAACGCGGCGGCGGAGACCACUCACCUGCUGGUGAUGAAGGGGGCGCCGGAGCGCAUCCUGGACCGCUGCUCCAGCAUCCUCAUUGGGGGCAAGGACCUCCCCCUGGACGAGGAGCUCAAGGACGCCUUCCAGAACGCAUACCUGGAGCUGGGCGGCCUGGGGGAGAGAGUGCUGGGCUUCUGCCACUACAACAUGCCCGAUGACCAGUUCCCUGCGGGCUUCCAGUUCGACGCGGAGGACCUCAACUUCCCCACAGACAACCUCUGCUUCGUCGGCCUCAUGUCCAUGAUUGACCCUCCUCGUGCCGCCGUGCCCGACGCCGUGGGCAAGUGCAGGAGCGCUGGCAUCAAGGUGAUCAUGGUGACUGGUGACCACCCAAUCACGGCGAAGGCCAUAGCCAAAGGGGUGGGCAUCAUCUCAGAGGGGAAUGAGACAGUGGAGGACAUCGCAGCUCGCCUCAACAUCCCAGUCGACGAGGUUAACCCCAGGGAUGCCAAGGCGUGUGUGGUGCACGGCGGAGACCUGAAGGACAUGGAUAUUGACAUCCUGGACGACAUCCUGAGGAACCACACCGAGAUCGUCUUCGCCAGGACCUCGCCCCAGCAGAAACUCAUCAUCGUGGAGGGAUGCCAACGCCAGGGUGCCAUCGUGGCCGUGACAGGUGACGGCGUGAACGACUCUCCCGCCCUGAAGAAGGCUGACAUCGGUGUUGCCAUGGGGAUCUCUGGCUCCGACGUCUCCAAGCAGGCCGCCGAUAUGAUCCUGCUGGACGACAACUUCGCCUCCAUCGUGACCGGCGUGGAGGAGGGCCGGCUGAUCUUCGACAACCUUAAGAAGUCCAUCGCCUACACACUGACCAGCAACAUCCCGGAGAUCACCCCCUUCCUCUUCUUCAUUAUCUGCAGCAUCCCCCUGCCCCUCGGCACGGUCACCAUCCUCUGCAUCGACCUGGGUACCGACAUGGUCCCCGCUAUCUCGCUGGCCUAUGAGGCAGCAGAGAGUGACAUCAUGAAGCGCCAGCCCAGGAACCCCAAGACAGACAAGCUGGUCAACGAGAGGCUCAUCAGUAUUGCCUACGGCCAGAUCGGCAUGAUCCAGGCCUUGGCGGGCUUCUUCACCUACUUCGUGAUCCUGGCGGAGAACGGCUUCCUGCCGGGGAGGCUGCUGGGAAUCAGAACGCACUGGGACAAUAAGCACGUCAAUGACCUGGAGGACAGCUACGGACAACAGUGGACGUACGAGCAGAGGAAGAUCGUGGAGUUCACGUGCCACACGGCCUUCUUUGCCAGCAUCGUGAUCGUGCAGUGGGCCGACCUCAUCGUCUGCAAGACCAGGAGGAACUCUGUCUUCCAGCAGGGCAUGAGAAAUAAGAUCCUGAUCUUUGGGCUGUUUGAGGAGACGCUCCUGGCGGCCUUCCUCUCCUACACGCCAGGCAUGGGAGUGGCCCUGCGCAUGUACCCUCUCAAGCUGGAGUGGUGGUUCUGUGCCAUCCCCUAUUCCCUCCUCAUCUUCAUCUAUGAUGAGCUCAGAAAGCUUUGCCUCAGACGAUACCCAGGAGGUUGGGUGGAGAGGGAGACAUACUAUUAAAGAUUUGCUCAUUCAAC